AUGAGCGAAGACAAGGCCAAAUUAGGAAGUGCGAGGUCGGCCACAGAAUACCGUCUAUCCAUUGGUAGUGCUCCGACUUCCAGAAGGUCUUCUAUGGGUGAGUCCUCAUCCCUUGCAAAAUUUUCUGGUCAAGAAGGACUGACGGGUUCUGUUGGUGAAAACAACGAGAACGCCAUACAGCAGCUUCUCUUGCCGAAGAUAAGAGAGUUAAGUGAUUCCAUCAUCACUUUAGAUUCAAAUUUCACGCACCUGAACUUCAUUCACGAGAGUUUAGCUGAUCUAAAUGAAUCGCUAGGAUCGUUAUUAUAUGGUAUCAUGAGCAAUUCAUGGUGCGUAGAAUUUUCACAAGCGCCUCAUGAUAUUCAUGAUGAUCUAAUCGCUAUUAAACAGUUGAAGUCGUUAGAAGAUGAGAAAAAAAGCCUAUUAAAGGAUAUCUCUAAUUUAGAACAUCUGUUUACAGGAAAGAAAGACGAACAAAGUGAAAACGGAAUGAACAAUGAAUCUCAGAACAACCAUUUUAGUCAACCACUAUUUCCUUCCUCACAAGUAAGAAAACAUAGGCCGUACGACAGUAAAGAUAAGAGGAAGUCUUCCAAGGUCAUUAACAAUUCACAAGCAGAGAAUGACGAAGAUUAUGAUGAUGAUACUAGUAGUGAAGCUUCAUUUGUGCUAAAUCCAACAAAUUUGCGAACGUCCAAAUCAUCUCAAGGAUACGUGAGUAAAAACGUGCGUCCAAGUAACAAUAACAAUAGUAAACUAAGAAGAAAAUCCAUCUUACAUACAAUAAGAAACAGUAUUGCUUCUGGUGCUGAUUUGCCCAUAGAAGACAAUAAUGUUGUUAAUCUAGGAGAUCUGCAUUCAAAUAAUCGAAUAUCACUUGGAAGCGGUGCUGCUAGGGUUUUCAAUGGGCCUAUGACAAAGAAAAGGAAUUCUAUGUUCACUGGGCGUGCUGAAAGGUCCUCCACAGAAAACAGACACUCAGUUGCAAAAAAAAAUGAAAAAAAAAUGAGUGCAAGGCCGCCUUUCAGGUGA